GGGAAGUGCUUUGUGUCAAAUUUUCUUUUGACGGGGCCCACGCUGUCCCCAUUCAGUUGUUCAACUGACACAGAUUUCUGCAGAUGGCCAAACCCCCACCUUCUCCGUCUUUCAAAGCUCGAAAUUAGGGUUCUUGUAGUUUCCUUAUCCCUCUCAUUCUUACUCGAACUCUGCUCAUCUCUUUGGAAAAUUGAAACAAUGGGCAAUACAUCUUCAAUGCUCACUCAGUACGACAUCGAAGAGGUUCAAGAGCAUUGUAAUCACACCUUUUCUCAGCAGGAGAUAGUCUCGCUCUAUCAGAGGUUCUGUCAACUCGAUCGCAACAGUGGUGGCUUCAUCUCCGCCGAUGAGUUCUUGUCAGUACCUGAAUUCGCCGUCAAUCCUCUCUCUCAGAGAUUGUUCAGGAUGGUGGAUGGAUUGAAUUUCAAGGAAUUUGUAGCAUUCUUGUCGACAUUUAGUUCUCGUGCAAGUUUACAACAAAAAGUAGAAUUCAUCUUCAAGGUUUAUGAUUCAGAUGGUAACGGGAAGGUUGCAUUCAAUGAUAUGUUGGAUGUUUUGCGGGAUUUGACCGGACAAUUUAUAUCUGAGCCACAAAGGGAGCAAGUUUUGACCCAUGUGCUUGAGGAAGCUGGCUACACAAAGGAUUCUUUGUUAGGUCCAUCAGACUUUAUGAAGAUUCUUGGAAACUCUGAUUUGAAGAUGGAGGUUGAGGUCCCGGUUGAUUAACUGAGGAUAAUGAUUGUUGGAGUGACAGUUUCUUAAAUAAUCGAGCUCCAAGUCGGCUGUUUGUUGUUUGCAAUGUUGUAUAAAAAAAAAAAUGUGUUCCCUAGUUAUGUUGGUAGUUUACGCCGAUUGCGUUUAGUUUCAUGGUAUGUUGUCACUCUCCCAUUGUUUGCUUUGUUAGCUGUUGCAGUUGAACUGAGAAGACAAAUUGAUCAUUUAUUUGAUAGGUGCAUGGCACUAACUUCUUCCAUCAU